AGCCAUAAAAAUGCAUCCCAUUAAGUAGCUUCAAGCCCUCAACCUCUUGACCUGAUUGCUUUUAGGUUGAAGCUUUAGUCGGGAAAGCCUCGGUUCUCAUUCGAAAAGAAAAAAAAAAAAAUGUUUUUUCACAUAGUCUUGGAGAGGAACAUGCAGUUACAUCCACGCCACUUCGGUCGUAACCUGCGGGAAAACCUCGUAUCCAAGCUCAUGAAAGAUGUUGAGGGCACUUGCAGUGGUAGACAUGGCUUUGUGGUGGCGAUAACGGGUAUAGAGAACAUUGGGAAAGGUUUGAUUCGAGAUGGGACAGGGUUUGUGACAUUCCCUGUUAAGUAUCAAUGUGUUGUGUUUAGACCAUUUAAGGGGGAGAUCUUGGAAGCUGCUGUUACUAUGGUGAACAAGAUGGGAUUCUUUGCAGAAGCUGGGCCUGUUCAAAUUUUUGUUUCUAACCAUUUGAUUCCAGAUGAUAUGGAGUUUCAGUCUGGAGAUAUGCCUAAUUAUACUACCUCUGAUGGAUCGGUUAAGAUUCAAAAAGACAGCGAAGUGCGCUUGAAGAUAAUUGGAACCCGAGUAGAUGCCACCGAAAUAUUCUGUAUUGGUACCAUAAAGGACGAUUUCUUGGGUGUGAUUAAUGAUCCCACAACAGCUUAGUCUGAUCAUGGAAAUUUCGGUUUCCCAUUGCCUUGUUAACUGUUGUAUGGUUCUGUUCUCAUAUAUUUCCAUGGACAUGGAUUUUCCUCUCCAACUGCAUUUCGGGUUUGGCACAUUUGUGUUAUAAUUUAGUUAUUUGAGGAACUUUUUAUAAUAAGCUGUAAAAUUUUCAUUUGCUUUCCAGUGUCAGAUUAUUCUCACCAUUAAUAGGGGGAACAACAUAAACCCACAGGAUUCAUAUGUAUGAGUUCAAAAUCAUAUGUAUUAAAAAUAUAUUUAUUGUAAA